UUCUGGCCCUUACCGUCUACCAUCAUCGAUCCAGGCUCCCUUGCACGUUGCACACGGAAUGGAAAAUUCGUCGAACACCCUUGGGCUGGACUUUGAGCAGCUCAAGGUAACGAAGGAUGGCCCGGCAGCUGCGGCACCUAGUAGUGAAGCCCAGCCGACUGUUGCUGAGCAAGACGGCGGAGCGGAGGUGAGCGGAAAGACAGACGACGUGAAAGAGAAGAAGAAGCCGUAUGUGAACCCUGACCGCGUUAAGACAGGCGGCAACCAACGGGGUAAGCUAAGUGAAGAGGCACUCACGGAGAGAAUGGCGCGUAUGAAGGAACAGAAUGAAAAGAUAAAGCAGCGCAGACUGGACGUCCAGGCCGACGAAGAUGCGUUCAGAAAGACGCAGGAAUCGGAGCGCAUCAAACAGGCGCAUGUCCGCAAGGUACAGGAGAACAUUGACCGUACACGGGAACAGAAUGCAAAGAGAAAGAUGGACAAGAUACAGAGCCGCGAAUGGGACUCGGGCAAGACGACUGGCGAAUGGAAGAAGCCGACAGUCACCUCGCCAGUUGACGGCGAGGCAAAUGAAACCUCUGUGUCGCCGUCGGCUAACAGCCCUUCUGGAGACGGAGACGGGAGUCGAGAAAGAGGCCGAGGAAGGGGUCGAGGUAGAGGUCGAGGAAGGGCUGGAUCACGACAGACUCAGACGUCGACAACGGUGACGGUAACGAAUCCAACGCCUUCCCAGGGAAAGACGGAGAUGACUCCACCACCAGUGACGAUGACAGAGGCAGCGGUUUAAUUGUUAUGAGUUUAUUGCUAAUUGUAUGCUUUCUGUAACAUUUUUGCGACUUGAAUUUUUUGCCGCCUCUCUUCUUUCCCACGGUCCUCUUC